AUGACUGGUCGCGGUGGAGAGCUUUUCGUACGGUUGACCAUCGAGCGCGGUCAGUGUAUCUGUAAACCGUUGUUUUCUAGUACGUACCGUAUUUAUGGAGCAGUGAAAAUUCUCCGACCCAAAUAAUCAAUGAUGGCUUCCAAGCGAAGAAAUCCUUUACGGUGCAGGAUCGUUGCGAUUGCAGUCGCUGCCGCUGUAGUAGCUCUUUCGAUGGCCGAAUUGGCCACCGGUGAAACGUACGAGGACUGCGAGCAACCGCCAGAAAUUGCGCACGGAUCUGCCCGGCUUACCGUGGACGACAACGAAGAGUAUGUGACGGCACACUACACCUGCAAGUCGGGCUACCGGUUGCAGGAACCGCAGCUCGCAGCGAUACGCUGUAGCAUCGAGACGGAUGAAUGGGAAGCGAACAAGCUACCCGUAUGUGUACAGGAUGAAGCACACGAUGAGGACGACGGAACGGCAGCCAAGCACGGUGGAAACGGUCAGAAGCGGAAACCCGGUCAGCGGGGUCAAAACAUUCAGGAGGAAACCGACCUUGAACCGGAACUGGCCGCCCGGUUGGAUCUGUCCUGUAUGGCCCAAGGGUUGAUAAGGGCGCCCGAGAUCGACAAUGGCUAUGUGGUGAAAUACAACAGGCGGAAGAAAAAUGGCAACAUUUUCCUGGUGGCGUACUACGAGUGUGACGAUUAUUACGAGCUGCAGCCACCGGAGCAUGAUCGGCUCUACUGUAGCGGAAGGAAGUGGAUCGGUAAGCGACCGGAAUGUAUCUCCACCCGUUCCGGCUCGGAGGACGAUGAGGAGGGCGAGGAAGAGGAGGAGGAGGAGGAAGAGGAGGAAGAGGAAGAUUAUGAAGAAGAGGGAGACGAAGGCUCUGAACAACCAUCCGAACGUGAUGGGAAAGUUCACGAGCGAACAACAGCAACAACGGCAACGCUGCCGCCGACAACAACGACUUCCACUACCGAGUCAACAACAACAACUACUACUACAACCGAACCAUCAACGACAACAACGACAGAACAACCAACGACUGCAUCAACGUCCGUAAACCCACACACGACACCAGAACCAACGGAACCGAACCAGCCAGAUAAUUUGUCCGUCCUAGAGGUUGAACCUGAAACUCAUCAACAUCGAUCGACAACAGAUCACCAGGAAAGCGACGAUAAGGAGGAAGACGAUGCGGAAGACGUCGACGAAGGGCAAGAAGAAGGCGACGGCGAUGAUGAUGACGAAGAAGAUGAUCGUCAAGAGACUCACAAAGUAGACGAUCGCCAAGAACCCUCGUCAACCGCGUCCGUGGUAUCGCCGGUGGUGACAACUCCACAGCCAGUUGUGGCGGCUUGUGGUCCCGAUCGGGGCGGGUGCGAUCACGAAUGUCGAAUGAUUUAUCACGGCAACGAGGUGGAACCGGUGGUCGAGUGUAGCUGCUACCGGGGAUUUCUGCUGGAUGUGCGUGAUGGAAGAACCUGUCACGACAUCGACGAAUGUGUGGAAAAUAAUGGCGGUUGUGAGCAGACAUGCAUCAAUAAACCCGGAUCGUACGAGUGCAGUUGCGAGCCAGGACUGCAAAUCGACACACUGAAUGGGCACACCUGCAUCGAUAUUGAUGAGUGUCAAAAUGAAGACAUUGUCGAACGAUGUGCCAAUGGGUGCGAAAAUACGUUCGGUUCCUAUCGCUGCCUGGAGGAAACAUUUUCACCCACUGAGGCUGGUACUGAGCAAAGAAAUAAUGAGGACGAUGACGAAGAGGAGAAGAAUGAUGAAAGUGACCCAGAAGACGAAAUCGACGCGGAGGAAGAGGAAGAAAGCGAGCGAACGGAUGCGCAUAAUCGAUUGAGCGAAAAUGAAUUGCCUCAAGAAUCUCAUCAAUCAGUGGAAAGCGCCGGAAGCGGUACGGCGGAUGACGAUGGUACGAGUGCAGAACACGAGAGCGAAACGAAACCGCCACCGGACGUGACAAUUCCGGUUAGUUCUUCACACCCUCAUAGGCAUCAUCACGGGGAGACACUGGAGCUAGAUCGGGACGCUGAUCGGAACGAAGAUCUCGAAGAAGAUGAGGAUAAUGAGGAGCAGGAAGAGGAGGAUAAUGAGGAUGAUGGAGAGGGUGUCCCCGAGCGGUCUCACGAGCCGGAACCUACCCAACCAGUUGUAACUUCAGGUGAUGGUCGCGAUGAGAUUAGCACAUCGAAAGUGGAACCGGAUUAUGACGAUGAGGAUAAUGAUACUGAUGGGCCCGGUUCGGAAGAAAGCAGCGAGCGAAACAUUGUUCAACUACCACCAUUGGCGAAUGGUUGCGAUACAGGGCUUCGAUUCAAUCCGUCAACAGGCACUUGUGAAGAUAUAAACGAAUGUGAAGAACAAGAUCAUGGAUGCGAUUACUGCGAAAAUGCUUACGGUGGAUACCAGUGCACCUGCCCGGCCGGUUUUGAGCUUGCCGACGAUGAUAAACACUGCCAGGAUGUGGACGAAUGUACCGCAGGCGACGAUGAGUCCGAUGAGAAUGGUUCAAUUUGUUCCCACGAAUGUCACAACACGAUCGGCUCCUUCGAGUGCCGUUGUCCGGAAGCGUUCCACCUGAACAACGAUCGACGUACGUGCGUACGGGACUUCUGUCAGGAUCUGUACGAAAAUCCGAACAAGACACGCUGUUCGCAUGAGUGUGUUGAUGAGGUGGAAGGAUUCCGCUGCCACUGUCCGGAGGGUUACCUGCUGGACGAGGUAGAUCAGAAAACGUGUCACAGUGCGUACAGUUGUGACGAGAAUCAAAGGAAACGGUGUGAGCCAGGCCGGUGCAGAAAGCUAGGAAGCGCCAGUGGUGAUGACUAUCGAUGCGAAUGUCCGGAUGGGUAUGUGCAGAACGAUCACAGCUGUCAUGAUCGGGACGAAUGUUUGCUGGGUCGGCAUGAUUGUAGCCACGAGUGCCAUAAUACGGUCGGAUCGUACCGUUGCAGUUGUCCGGUGGGACUAACGCUAUCCACCGACGGGAAGACCUGUGACGAUGUGGACGAGUGUGCACGGGAAACGAACGAACUGGAUGGGUUGUGUGGUGAUAUAGAGUGUCGCAAUACGUACGGAAGCUACAAGUGUGUUUGUCCGGAGGGUAGAGAGUUCGAUGAGUACGGUAUCUGCCGACAGAUGGAUCUAUGCCGUAAGGAUAAUGGUGGAUGUUCGCAUAUUUGUACGUUCUAUAACCGGGAAACGUACUGUGACUGUCCGGAUGAUAUGGAACUGGCGGAGGAUGGAAAGACGUGCGAACUGGCCAAUGUUUGUGGACUGAACAAUGGUGGAUGUUCGCAUACGUGUGAUCCGGACAGUGAUGUGAUGUGUCUGUGUCCGGCGGGAAUGAUACUGGGGGCGAAUGGACGCACCUGUGAGGAUGUAAACGAGUGCCACAAGGAUAAUGGUGGAUGUGAGCAAAGUUGUGUGAACUUUGAGGGAGGCUUCCGGUGUAGCUGUUACGAAGGAUACGAGCUGGAAAUGGACAAACGAUCGUGUGUCGAUCAGGAUGAGUGUGCUAAUGCGCGAGGAGGUGGUUGUGAUCACAACUGUCACAAUACGGCCGGAUCGUACUAUUGUACGUGCCAUGCAGGGUAUACGUUGGCAGAGAACGCACGCACCUGUAUGGACGUUAAUGAGUGUGAACAUCACAACGGAAACUGCUCGCAUGUGUGCAUCAACUUGCUCGGUGGACAUCAGUGCUCGUGCCCAAAGGGACUGUUCCUGCAGGAGGACGAUCGAACCUGUGACUUUGUGGACGAGUGUGAGCUGAACAAUGGAGGAUGCUCGCACGGAUGUCACUACGAGUACGGUGUAGUGAGCUGCUCAUGCCCGAAAGGAUUCGAACUGGACGGGGAGCAUCACAAGACUUGCGUCGAUGUGGAUGAGUGUGCGAAGGGAAAUGGAGGUUGCUCGCACGACUGCUCGAACAGUCCAGGAUCGUACGAGUGUCACUGCCCGGAGGGAUACGAACUUCGACAUAAUCGCCACUCCUGUCAGGAUGUGGAUGAAUGUACCGGUACCAAUGGGAACUGUUCCAACAUUUGCAUUAACCUUCCCGGUGGGUAUCGCUGUGCCUGCGAAAUUGGAUACGAACUGGCAGACGAUCAGCGCACGUGCAUCGAUGUGGACGAGUGUAGCGAUGGAAGUCACGAUUGUUCGCAUCGCUGUGUAAACGUCGAGGGCGCGUACGAGUGUGAAUGUCCUGAGGGUUUUAAGCUGGGUCGAAAUCGGCUCAGCUGUGAAGAUGUGGACGAGUGUAAAACGCUUCCAGAGCGAGGUGGAUGUGAGCAUCAUUGCAUAAACACGGUCGGAUCGUAUCACUGCGGGUGUGAAGAUGGUCACCGACUAGCGGCGGACAAUCGUACCUGUUCCGAUGUGGAUGAGUGUAGUGACGAGUUGCGGAAGUGUACCCAUGAUUGCUUAAACACAAAGGGUGGCUUUGAGUGUUCUUGCCCGUCCGGAUUGCGGUUAGAUAUUGAUAAGGUGAGCUGUGUGGACAUUGACGAGUGUCGUAUUAAUAACUUCAAUGGAGGAUGCUCUCACAUCUGCGAAAAUACAGAGGGAAGCUUCCAGUGCCGAUGCCCGCAAGGGAUGGUGCUUGGGGAGGAUCAAGCCACGUGCAGUGAUAUCGACGAGUGUACCGUGCUGAACGGUGGAUGUAGUCAGCUGUGCAUUAAUCGGGACGGAGGCUUCCGGUGCGGUUGCCAUCCGGGGUACAGUUUGAUGGCGGAUGGGAAGGCUUGUGAAGUGUCCAAUCCAUGUGCGUUGAGGAAUGGUGGUUGUCAGCACUACUGUAGCUUGAAGGGCGGACUUCCGGUGUGUUCGUGUAGGGAAGGCUAUGUGCUGAACAAGACUAAUCAAGCAUCCUGCACUGAUCAUAAUGAGUGUUUGCAAUCGAAGGAUCACAACUGCCAACAGCGGUGUGUCAAUUUGGAAGGUUCGUAUAGAUGCGAUUGUUAUGCGGGGUACGAAAAGAAUGACCUCGGGCAGUGUAUCGACAUAAAUGAGUGCGCGGUCGAUAAUGGUGGCUGUGGUGCGAAGGCACAGUGUAUUAAUACAGCAGGAGGUAGUCGGUGUACGUGCCCGGUAGGAUAUAAACUAACACAAGAUCGUAAGAAUUGUGCUGAACUGAAGGACAAUUGCAAACCGUUCGAGGCACCUCGGAAUGCGGAGGUUCGAUGCACCCGUUCGAGACAUAAAACGCAACUGUUUUACCGAUCCAAGUGUUUCAUUACGUGUAAGAAGGGCUUCAAACUGCAUGGUCCGGCGGUGCGACACUGCAAUGGAACCGGAGAAUGGGAUGAGGGUGAAUCGAUCUGUGUCCCUCUUGCUUGUCCAAGACUGAAUCGACCGGAAAAUGGCGUCAUCUUACCGGUCGCAUGCACAGCGGGCAAGAUCUUCGCAAACGAGCGUUGUGUUCUUCAUUGCAAGCCAGGCUUCAAACCGGUGGCAAAGCGAACAGCCGUUUGUAGUCUUUCUCAAACCUGGAUACCAGGAGACAAUCUCCGUUGCGUUUCUUUAGACACUGUGACAGCCGCAGUUACGUCGAAACCCACGACAACGACUACGACGACUACUGUGGCUCCCGUAUCCAUCAAACCUUACAUCCAGUGUCCACCCGAUAUUCAUGAGGUUCUGCCGUUGGGUCAGUACACGAUGAAAGUACGGAUGGAGCGACCCACGACAAAUGUUGAUUGGCACCAGUACGUCGAUUCGCAUCCACCGUGGGGCAAACAGCUCGAAGUGGAGCUGCCCGCAGGCGAAACGAUCGUCACGUUCCGGGCCCGUAGUCCAACGAGCAAUGUGAACGAUGUGUGUCGAGUUGUGAUAAAGAUACGGGAAAGGAAGCCUCCAACCGUGGUACACUGUCCGGAAUCAUUCGAGGUGCAGCUGGAACGGAAUGAACCUUCCCGUUCCGUAUUUUGGACGGAGCCCAAAUUCGAGUCCGGGGCGGAGAUUAAGCAACUCUACAAAUCCAACACACCAGGGCAACCACUCGCGGCCGGUGUGCAUUACAUCAAUUACAUCGCCACUGAUGCCGAUGGGUUGAGUGCCAACUGUAACUUCCGUGUUGUGGUGAAAGCUCCACCGGCCGAGGUGAUGGAACCGAGACGUCCACUCAACACCGGCAUUCCCAGGCCGGCAGAAAUGAAUCGGCUUGAAAACCACGAAUCAUAUCUCAUCUGUCCCGGCAAACCGCCGGUUCGGCUCGAUGGCAACAACUAUCCCCGUCAGCAUCAUCGACAGCAGCUGCCGAAACAGUGGCCGGACUCGCAUAUCGAAUACCACAACCACCAUCAGCUUCUGCAACACCAGCAGCGCCAUCGGUUCGAACAGGAACGGCGUCCAUUGUUCCGGAACCAUGUGCCGAACGUCGAUUUCGUUGAGCCGGGAAUGUCCACCGUGCACCGGCGUAGAUUGAAUCAAAUCGCACCACCAUUGCCGUUGCACGUUCCGCAAGGCUGUGUGGUGAAGAACAUUCGCAUCAAGCAGAAGCUAGCCAGACUGCGUCAUCAGCAGCGAAUGUUAGCGCAGCAUCUACAGCACCUAGAGGAGACACCUAAUGCCAGUCCGGCACUGAUACGCCAACAGCACCAGCGUUACAAUAAUCUGCUGCGUUACUACUCCUCGUGGGACAAGGUCUACACGUCCUCGACGGCUACUUCAAGGCCACCCACCACCACGCUAGAUGAUGGUGCUUUAGCGUCGUCGAGAGCUGUUCACUUGCCCCAGCGGCUUGCACAACCGUACCCAACGGGCAUGCCGGUGAGUGCAUCCCAUUAUCAACAACAUCAUCAUCAUCACCAGCAGCAGCAGCAGCAGCAGCAGUACCAGCAACAGUCACGUCGUUGGCUAAAAAAGCGCAGUCGAGCGCACGGUGCAGAAACACGUACCGAUGCUGAUGGGAAUGCUGACAGCCACCCGCAUAAGGAAGAUGGCAGUCAACCAUAA